CAUAGACCCUGAGUUUUGGAAUUUUUCCUGUUUGCAGGGAGGCUUCACAUGCUCUCGCUUUUACUCAUUUUCCUUCAGGAAGACAAGUGUCGUUUUAAACUACUUGCCUAAGAAUCCUGAAGGAAUAGCAACUCUAACAAUCACUUUCGGUCAUAAUUUUAGUACUCAUGUCUGAAGAGCUCUGAGGAAAACAAAAAUCAAAUUCUUCAUGAUGGAAAAAAAUCCAUUUGUUUUAUACUUUUUGGCUUUUUUGCUUGCAAUGAAGCUGUGUUUGACAUCGAAAGUCCCAGAUCAGAUGAAGAAGCAAUGUGAUCAAAAGCUGCUCAUUCGAAUGAAAACUGAAUGUGUACCUUGCUCUUUAAACCUCGAAACCCGGUGCCCUGCCGGCUACACCAAAAUCACCAAUGGGACUGGAAUACCAGACUGCAGGUAUUAUCUAGAAAUUAAAACACACACACUUUCUUUUCCUGGAUGCCGACAUGCUUGUGUGAAGGAAUUUGAACAACCUGAGUGCUGCCAGGGACACUGGGGCCCAGACUGCAUGGCAUGUCCAGGAGGAGCUGCAUCACCCUGCAACGGGAGAGGACGCUGCUCUGAGGGCAUAAAAGGGGAUGGAACAUGCAUUUGUCAGAAAGGAUUUAGUGGGACAGCCUGUGAAAAAUGUGCUGAGGAGAAUUUAUUUGGUCCUCAGUGCACAUCAGUUUGCAACUGUGUCCAUGGAGUGUGCAACAGUGGAAUUACAGGGGAUGGAAGAUGCACUUGCUUGUCUGGAUACCAAGGACUCAGCUGUGAUCAGCCAAUAGCUGAAUGUGAGGCCUUGCGGUGCCCUGCAAACUCAAGAUGCACCAUCUCAGAUGAGGAUGGCAGAAGACUGCAAUGCACAUGUCUGCCCAACUACCACAGGGACGGUACACAGUGUGAACCUAUCAACCCAUGCUCCAAAAAGGUCUGUGAUCCUAAUGCCAAUUGCAUUUACCUUGGACCAAAUCAUCACCAAUGUACCUGUCAAGAAGGAUACAAAGGGGAUGGUCAAGUCUGCUUACCCAUAGACCCAUGCCAAGCAAUAUACAGGAACUGCCCUGCACAGUCUACCAUUUGCAUAUAUGAUGGACCAGGAAAGUCCCACUGUGAAUGCAAGGAGAAUUAUACAAACUUUGUACCUGGGAAAGGAUGCAGCAUGAUAGACAUUUGUGAAACAAACAACACCUGCCACAAAAAAGCUAAAUGUUCAAUGGUUGCACCAGGACAAAUCACGUGUACAUGCCAGAGGGGCUUUGUGGGGAACGGGUUUGUGUGCUACGGAAGCAUCAUGGAGCGCCUCCAAGACCUGAACACCGAAGUGGGAGGACGGUGGCAAGGCAAGCUGACAUCCGCCUUGUCGCUCAUGGAAAAUGUCUAUGAAUGGCCACUGAGUAACCUGGGACCAUUUACAGUGCUUGUACCAACAAACAGGGGACUCAAAGGUACCAAUAUAAAGGACCUUCUGAGUAAUAAACUGAAAGCACAGUACUUUGUGAAACUACAUAUAAUUGCUGGUCAACUGGAUACCAGUAGCUUGAAUAAUACUAAUGUAAUAUAUACUUUAACUGGCAAGUCAGGAGAGAUAUCAAGGGGAGAAAAGGAUAAUCAACUAAGAAUUAGAAUCCAGGGGGGAAGGAGGAAAGGAAAACUUUUGCAGGGCAAUAUUAUUGCUUCCAAUGGAAUUUUGCACAUUGUUGACAAAUCCGUGGACAACAUAGAGCCAACAUUUGAAAGCAACAAAGAGGAAACCAUAAUGUCAGUGCUUCAAGAUAAUGGAAAAUACAGCCAAUUUACGUCUUUGAUAGAGAAAACUGGCCUGGGAAUGGAUUUACAGCAGGAGAACAGACCUUACACAGUCUUUGUUCCAAGUAACGGAGCUCUGAGUAAUAUGCAAGCUGAGGCUAUGGAUUAUCUGCUUUCUGCAGAGGGUUCAUGGAAGCUGCUGGAGCUAGUCCGAUACCACAUUGUUUCCAAUGCUGAGCUAGAGGUUGCCAGCCUCAUCUCAAUAGAGCACAUCCGAAGCAUGGCGAAGCAGUUCCUUUACUUUAACAGGACCAGCACUGGACAAGUCUUGGUCAGCGGAGAAGAAAUGGAAGAAACAGACAUUGUUGCAAAAAAUGGUCGCAUUCAUACCCUUGCAGGAGUUCUUAUCCCACCCACCAUCAUUCCAAUUCUACCACAUCGGUGUGAUGAGACAAGAAGUCAAGUCGCAAUGGGUAUCUGUGCAAGUUGUUUCUCACAUGCAUUGACUCCCUGUCCAGCGGAUUCAAAGCCAAUCCCUUUCUUAAAGAGGAGAUGCAUUAUUGAAGGCCCAACCUUUCCAAAAACUGGCUGUGCUAGAUACUGCAAUAUAACAGUAAAGGAACCGAAGUGUUGCAGAGGCUUCUUUGGCCCCAACUGCAGUCCAUGCCCAGGAGGUUUCUCCAAACCCUGCUCAGGAAAUGGGCAGUGCAUGGAUGGCCUAGAUGGAAAUGGGACCUGCAUUUGUGCUGAGGCAUUUCAAGGCUCGCACUGCCAGUUCUGCUCAGACCCUGGCAAAUAUGGACCUCAGUGUGACAAAAAGUGCCUCUGCAUUUACGGGAAGUGUGAUAACCGAAUAGACAGUGACGGGAUCUGUCUUCCUGGAUCAUGCAGAAGUGGAUACACUGGGAAACUCUGUGAUAAGCCCGUUGUUCCCUGCGAGCCCUCCCUACGGCUCUGCCACACACAUGCAGACUGUCAGCUUAGCGAUGGUGCAGUGAGCUGCGUUUGCAAGCCUGGCUACGAAGGAGAUGGCAUGACCUGCAGCAAAGUUGAUCCCUGUGCUAGUUUAUACCCAGGUGGCUGCAAUAUCAAUGCUGAGUGCAUGCAGACGGGCCCAGGAGAGUACCUGUGUGCUUGCCAAGCGGGAUGGACAGGCGAUGGACGGGACUGCUCAGCCAUCAACAACUGCCUGCUGCCAUCUGUUGCUGGGUGCCACGAAAAUGCUACCUGCAUCUAUGUUGGGCCAGGCCAGAAUGACUGCAAGUGUAAAGAUGGAUUUCAGGGAAAUGGAAUUGAAUGCACUUCCAUAAACUCAUGCCUGGAACAAAAUGGAAAAUGCCAUCAUCUGGCAACUUGUCAUUUUGAACCUUCUCAUGGCUGGGAAUGUGUGUGCCCAAAGGGCUACGAAGGAGAUGGUAGAAUAUGCUACGGAAAUGCUGCAGAUGAGUUAUCUAGUCUGUCAGAAGCAGCUGCAUUUAACCAGUGGGUUAAUGAGGCUGAGAUAAACUCAGUGUUGUCCACCACCUCAAAUCUAACUGUCCUCGUGCCUUCUCUUCAAGCAAUUGAAAACAUGGAUGAAGAUGAGAAAGCUUUUUGGAUGUCAAAGAGUAAUAUCCCAACUCUACUGAAGUAUCAUGUAUUGACAGGAGCUUACAGCUUUGCUGAUUUCCAGAAUUUAUCAUCCUCUGAUAUGCUGCCAACAUCUCUACAGAGCAACUUCCUACACUUGUCUAAAGAAAAUGGGAACCUCACUGUCGAGGGUGCUCACAUCGUGGCUGGCGACAUCGCAUCCACAAACGGGAUCAUACAUGUUAUCGAUAAGGUUCUGACUCCCCUCCGAAGCACUGUCAUGCCAAGGCUGCUGGCCCGCCUGGAGCAAAUGCCCGAUUACUCCAUUUUCAGGGGCUACAUUAUCCAAUACGGCCUGGCAAGCGAAAUAGAAGCUGCAAACACAUACACGGUGUUUGCUCCCAAUAACGAUGCCAUAGAAAAUUACCUAAGCAAAAAAAAAGUUUCUACUCUGGUUGAGGAUCAAAUCCGAUAUCACGUUGUGAUAGAUGAAAAGCUCCUGAAGAAUGACCUGCACAAUGGCAUGCACAGGGAGACCAUGCUCGGGUUCUCUUACCACAUUGGGUUCUUCCUCCACAACAGCCAGCUGUUCAUAAAUGAUGCACCUCUAAGUUAUGCAAAUGUUGCAACAGACAAAGGAAUUAUCCACGGAUUGGGAAAAGUCCUGGAAAUCAAGAAGAAUAGAUGUGAUAUUAAUGAUACUGUGAUCACUGAAAAGUGCAGAAUUUGUUCACAGCCAUCAAGUUGUCCCCCAGGAACAAAAGAAAUAGCAGGGGAGAAGAAAUACUGUGUCUUCUCGGAAAGCAACAUGAGGAUGUACACCGUCCAGAUCGGAUGCCAGCCAAAGUGCGCUAAAACUGUCAUUACCAGGGAGUGCUGUGCUGGCUUCUUCGGGCCACAGUGCCAGCCCUGCCCUGGGAAGGCUGGGAGCGCCUGCUUCGGCAAUGGUGUCUGCAUGGACGGCAUCAACGGCACUGGCACCUGCCAGUGUGGAGCGGGGUUUGUCGGCACGGCCUGUGAGAGCUGCAGCGAGGGCAAGUACGGCCGCAACUGCGAUCAAGUGUGUGCAUGCGUCCAUGGGAAAUGCAGCAGCGGGAUCGAUGGGGAUGGCUCCUGUGAAUGUGACGUCGGCUGGAGGGGAGUGACAUGCGAGAGUGAAAUCAAGGAUGAUGCAUGUAACACCUCAUGCCAUACUAGUGCUAAUUGCCUUCUCCUAUCGAACGGGACUGCCUAUUGCAAGUGUGCAGCUGGAUUCACAGGGAAUGGGACAUUCUGCACAGCUAUUGAUGCUUGCGAGACCAGCAAUGGUGGCUGUUCGGACAAAGCAGAGUGCAAAAAAACGACGCCUGGAAAUAGAGUGUGCAUCUGCAAUUCUGGGUACACUGGAGACGGACUAGUCUGCAUCGAAAUAAACCCCUGUCUGGAGAACAAUGGUGGAUGUGACAGAAAUGCAGAAUGCACCCAGACUGGACCCAAUCAAGCAGUAUGCAAUUGCUUGAAGGGAUACUCUGGAAAUGGCAAAAGAUGCACAUACAUCAGCCUGUGUUCACAAAAUAAUGGAGGCUGCAGUGAGUUUGCCAUCUGUAACGACACCGAGCUAACAGAAAGAACCUGCACCUGCAGACGUAACUAUGUUGGAGAUGGAUUUAAAUGCCGAGGCAAUAUCUACCAGGAACUUCUCAGGGACUCCAACACAUCUAGGUUUUAUUUUCACUUAGAGGCCUUGUCUAUCAGAGAUAUUGCUGGCCCAGGCCCUUUCACUCUGUUUGUGCCUCACACAGACGUAUUAAACAGCAACCCACAAGUGAGGGACUGGCUCGCCAAAGGGGAGAUGGCACAAAUCCUUCGGUACCACAUGGUGGGCUGUGCCAGCCUGCUGUAUAGCAACCUGAAGACAGUCAGGAACGUCACCUCUCUGCAUGGGGACCAAAUACAGAUCACCUAUUCUCAGAAUUCAGUGUAUUUGAACAAUAAAGCUGAAAUUAUAUUCAGUGAUGCUGUUGGCACAAAUGGCGUGAUUCAUAUCAUAAACCAAAUCCUGGUCCCAUCACGUAUUCAGGAUUUCCCCCCAGGUCCUAAGAAGGAAAGCCUAAAAAUGGUUGCAGCCAAACAUGGGUACAUCCUAUUCAGCAAUUUGCUAGAGAAAAACAACCUGCUUGGGCUGAUCAACGAUCCCAUUCACAAACCCGUCACGCUAUUCUGGCCCACGGACACAGCUAUCCGUGGGCUGCCGCAGGAACAGCAGGAUUUCCUCUUCAAGAAAUCCAACACGGACAAACUGGUGCAGUACCUCAAAUUCCACAUCGUCCGUGACGCUGAGGUUUUGGCCUACCAACUCCCUCGCUCCACCUCACUGAAGACCCUGCAGGGCUCCAACCUCAGCAUUAGCUGUGGAGAUAACAGGGAGAUUGGCGCCCUUUUCCUGAAUGACAGACAGUGCAAGAUCGUGCAGCGGCAGCUGGAGUUCGACGGGGGCAUUGCUUAUGGCAUUGACUGCCUGCUGACGGACCCCAGCCUGGGGGGGCGCUGCGACAGCUUCUUCACCGUGGAAUUCAUGGGGUACUGUGCUAGCUGUUUCAGUGGUUCUAAGUGCCCUCCAGGGACAAAACCAAAGGAAGGGAUCCACCGAUGCACAUACGAGACCUACGGGCUGCGGAGGGACGGGUGCCGCAGGAACUGCUCCAUGCUCAUCCACACAGCCAAGUGCUGCAAGGGCUACUUCGGUCCAGACUGCCAAGCAUGCCCAGGGGGUCCAGAGAUGCCAUGCAAUAACCACGGCUCCUGUGAUGAUGGAUAUGCUGGGACAGGAGAGUGCCGCUGCAACAGUGGCUUCAAUGGGACUUCAUGUGAGCUGUGUCUACCAGGCAGAUACGGCUCCAACUGCAGACUCUGCGAAUGCAAGAACAAUGGGCAAUGUGAGGAAGGAUAUUCAGGAACAGGACGAUGUUUCUGUGAAACAGGAUGGACUGGCCGGCUGUGUGAAACCAAGCUAGCUCUGCUGCCAGUGUGUUCCCCAAGCUGCUCCACCAACGCUGUCUGCAUGGAGAACAACACGUGCCAAUGCAAGCCACUUUACAACGGGGAUGGGAUCACAUGCACAGCUGCAGACCUUUGCAAACAAAACAACGGCGGGUGCCACAAGGUAGCCGAAUGCACACAGCACGGGGUGAAGGUCUUCUGCAGCUGUCAGAAGGGAUACAAAGGAGAUGGCUUUACAUGCCUUCCUAUAAACCCUUGUGCUGACGGGUUCAACGGAGGCUGCCAUGAACAUGCCAUUUGCACCGUCACAGGACCUGACAAACGCAAGUGCGACUGUAAAAAUAACUACAUUGGUGAUGGGCUGAACUGUUCGGUGAUGCAGCUUCCUCUCAACCGCUGCUUGCAAGACAACGGGCAGUGCCACCCUGACGCGGACUGUGCUGAUCUCCACUUCCAAGAUACCACCGUUGGAGUUUUCCAUUUGCGGUCCCCACAAGGGCAGUACAAAAUGACUUACGAGACAGCAAAGGAGGCCUGCGCCAACGAGUCAGCCACCAUCGCUACAUAUAACCAGCUGCUGUACGCGCAGAAGGCGAAGUACCACUUGUGUGCUGCUGGCUGGCUGGACAGCGAACGGGUGGGGUAUCCCACUGCCUUCUCCUCCCCAAACUGCGGCGCUGGGUAUGUCGGCAUCGUGGACUAUGGGAGGAGAGUCAACCUGAGCGAAACCUGGGAUGUCUUCUGCUACAGGGAGAAAGAGGUGAACUGCACCUGCAAGCCAGGCUACGUGGGGGACGGCUCGUCCUGCAGCGGGAACUUGCUGCAAGUGCUGAUGUCCUUCCCAACGCUGACAAACUUCUUGUCGAAAAUCAUGGCUUACUCCAACAGCUCUAGGAGAGGGAAAGCGUUCCUGCGGUACCUCACAGACCUGUCAGUGCACGCCACGCUCUUCGCUCCAAAUGAUAGCGGACUAAGGGAAAAUCAGACACUUACCGGGCGAGACAUUGAGUAUCAUUUAUCUAAUGCCACAAUCAUGUUUUAUGACGACUUGACCAAUGGAACCACUCUUCUGACCCGCGCUGGGGAAAAACUCCUAAUUACAAACACCAGGGGCCAGGAGUACCCAGCUUCCACCACUGAACAGAACGAGAUCAGAUAUGUGGACGGAAGCGCUAUUGUCGAGUGGGAUAUAAUCGCUUCCAAUGGGAUAAUCCAUGUCAUUUCAGAGCCUUUGAAGGCUCCGCCAGCACCUGUUCCUCUCCAUGCCACUACCGGAACAGGGAUCUUCUUUGGCAUAUGUCUGGUUAUUGGAGUCAUGGCCUUUAUUGGAUACUCGUACCUCAGAUUCAGAAGGAAAAACACAGGCUUUCAGCACUUCAAGUCAAAAGAUGACACUGACAGAACAUCACUGGACAAGUCCCAGCCUUCAAAUAUCACCAACCCCUCCUACGAAAGUUCUUCUGCGCUGACUCCACCAGAACCUACGUAUGAUCUUUUCUCAGAUUCAGAUGACCAGCAGCUUGUGAUGAGCGGUCCGCAUGAUCAGAACUAAAGAUGGAAUUUGGCGUUAGUCAAAUGUAAAACACACUUCUAUUUGCAUUCACUGUGAAAAAAAAAAAAAAAAAAACAGCACCUAGAGCUUUCAGGGAAUAAAAUCUCACUAUAAAUUAAAAACCAAAACAAACAGUACAGCCUUGUUUAACAUGCAGUCUGUAGGGUUUGCAAAGUUACCAACCUCAGAAGUGUUACCUCUGUCUUAGAAAUAUCAACUAUGAGUGCUAAAUGCAAAAGUGAGUCUCGAUUCUUAAACCACCCAGAGACACUUCUCUAUGACAAGUGUAAAACUUUCACUAGCUUCCUAUUUCACUACUUUCAUUCUUCUGUACACAAUCAAAAUCUUCAAGUCAAAAUCUUCUUCUGUACAACCAUUUAGUCAAAUGGCCUCAAGCACACAGGGCUGCUAACUUGGCAAAUAUCCUCAAUUUGCUAUUACUCCAGCUCUGUGCCUUUGUUUUGGCUUGGUUGUAAAUACAUCCACCUAGCAUAAAACAGAACAUGCAUGAACCCUGUCUUUUUAAACUGAGGGGAUGUUUUUAUUAGUAUCCUUGCUUAUAAGGAUUUCAGAGUAGGAAAUGCAAGCUUCCUGUCUGUCCCACUUGCCUGCUCUAGCUUUUGUCUUUUCUCCAGCUUUCCUGGGUUUUGUUUAUAUCUCAUAUCACUAUACAAAGAGAAAUAUUAAGUGUAUCAGCUUUAGCAAGAAGUAUAGGGUAUAUGAGGGUAUUAAAAUAGUAACCAAUUUCUACUUGAGCCGUUUUUGUGAAAAAGUAGAUACUGAAGAUGGACAUACCUUGCCAUUUCAUGACCGCAUUCAGAUUUUCAGGUCUGAAAGGAGCAGAAGCUAUCUGUUUCUUCGCAUACCACAUUUGUGCAAAGCACAUUAAUGUUGCCUUUCAACCAACGCACAGCAAUAGCAGCUAUCUGCACCUUACUAUUAAAUGUCGAUCAGACCCUACUUUGAUUGCUAGAAACCACAAAACGGCAAGACAAGAAAGAUUUUAUUGCUGGCAGCAGCAAUGUUCAGCUAAAACAUACCUCCUGGUGUUUUCUGCAUGGGGGGAGGGAGAGAAGAUGGCCCUGCAGGAAAGCAUCCAUUGCCUCUGAGAACAUCCCCAGGAUGCCUCGUAUCAGAGCAAGCUAUACAGGCCAACCCAGGGUUGACAAUGCAACUAUCAAGGACAGCCAAGGGAAUCUAAGGUGUAAAUAUGACUGAAUGAAAGCCACAGAUGGAAGUCAUUUCCCUAACUCCUCUUCAUGCCCCGACACAUUCCUUCUUGAUUUUUUCUAGAGACGGUAAAACAAAAUUUUAGAAGGAACACGCACCCUUACAUACACACGUUUGGGGGAGCUUUCCCCACAGUUUUGCAACAGUACAAUUCCUGUUCUUUCCUUCUCCCAUGUCACCCAAAAAAUUAACGCUCAUAGGGACCAGAAGACAGAGUCCAAGCAUUUAUUUUUGUAAUAAUCAUUAAAUAUUUUCUAAUCACAAAAACAAAAAAAGUUUCCAUAGUUCAUUAAACUCUUCUUUUACUGACAGACUAUUCUCCUCUCAGUUUUUACAGAACAGAAAAAAAAUUUCUUCUUACUUUGGUGUUCAAACGAACACUUCCAAAAUGAACAUAAACAGACAUUGCCCUUUCAACGUGCUCAAAAAUCUCUUGGAAGUCAGUAACAUAAGGUUAAAAUAAGUUAUGCAGAGAGCACCAAGGUAUGCAGCUCGAGUUCUUUGAAAUAAUUACAAAAACACAAUACAUUUUUAAAAGAAUAAUAUUCUAGCACUGAAAAAUAAAUAAUGCAUUUUAAAAUUCUCACUUAAAUUCAUAUUAUAUGUAUUUUUAAAAGAACAUAACACUUCCAUAAUUAUUUUUUUUCAUGCAACGUUGUUUCAAGAAGUCAUGCAACAUAAACAAGAUUCUACUUGAGCUGCGUGCUGUCACAUAGCUUUGUACAGAAGUUUGAUGGGUUUGUAAGUUGAGAGGGAGGAAAAAUCAUCUUGAAACAAAAUGGGCAGUAUGUGGGUAAUAUCAUCCAACCCAAUCAGACUGUUCCUGGUUAACACAGGAAAAUUAGACAAACAAACUGACUCCUAGCCAGCUUUCAAAUAGGAAACACAAGAGCUAUAACCAAAACAUUAGCAAAUGCAGCAAUGCAGAACUGAAGAACAACACUCUUAAUUGCUGGUAGUGACAUGAAGAAUGUACAGUGGGUUUUGUUUUAUUUUAAACAGUGCAUUGAGAUCUCUAGAGCAUGAAAGGUGCUACGUAUAUGUAACACCAAGUUCAGUUCUAGCUGAGCAUGAAGAUAAAAAAAUGAAGGCAAAUUGGGGACAUUUCCAUCCCCAAAUUUCAGCUGACAGAACAGCCUGUGUCGUCAAGUUAUCACAGAAUCACAGAAUUAUCUAGGUUGGAAGAGACCUCCAAGAUCACCUAGUCCAGCCUCUGACCUAACACAAAUGAGUCCUCCACUAGACCAUAUCACUGAGCUCUACAUCUAAACGUCCUUUAAAGACCUCCAGGGGUGGUCACUCAACCACUUCCCUGGGCAGCCCAUUCCAAUACCUAACAACCCUUUCAGUAAAGAAGUUCUUCCU